CGACUGGUCCCACCCCAAGAUGACAUCCCCCAAAAACAAAGCCAAGAAGAAACCACCCAAAGACAGCAUGACGCUGCUGCCCUGCUUCUAUUUUGUGGAGCUUCCCAUUGUCUUGUCCUCUCUGGUGUCCCUGUACUUCCUGGAGCUGACGGAUGUGUUGUCCCCGGCAAUGGUGGGUUUCCGUUGCCAUGACCGCGACCUCUCCAUGCCCUACGUUGAGACGGGCGAUGAGCUCAUCCCUCUCUUGAUGCUGCUGAGUUUGGCCUUCGCGGGGCCCGCGGCUUCUAUCAUGAUGGGGGAGGGCCUGAUGUAUUGCAUGCAGUCCAAAUUGAAGACUUGCCCCAAAUCGGAGACCAGCAUCAACGCUGGAGGCUGCAACUUCAACUCCUUUCUGCGCAGGACCGUGCGCUUUGUCGGUGUUCAUGUGUUCGGUCUCCUGGCAACAGCCCUGGUGACAGAUGUCAUCCAGUUGGCCACUGGUUACCACACCCCUUUUUUCCUCACCGUCUGCCAGCCAAAUUACACUGCCCCGGGAGUGUCAUGUGACAACAAUGCCUACAUCACACAGGACAUCUGCAUGGGGAAAGACCAGUAUGCCAUUAUGUCAGCUAGGAAAACAUUUCCAUCCCAGCAUGCCACGCUCUCUGGCUUCGCUGCUGUCUAUAUUUCCAUGUAUUUCAAUGCCAGUAUCAGCAGCACCACCAAGCUGCUGAAGCCCCUGUUGGUGUUUGCAUUCUGCAUGGCAGCUGGCCUCGCUGGGCUGACACAGAUAACUCAGCACCGCAGUCACCCUAUAGAUGUCUACGUGGGAUACCUCAUUGGAGCCGGCAUCGGAGUCUACCUGGCUGUGUAUGCAGUGGGAAACUUCAAAGCGUCAGAGGAGGAUGCUCCUCCCCCACCCCGACCAGCCUCAUCCCAGCAUAAGGACCAGCUGCGGGUGCUGAGCCAGCGGAGCCAUGACUCCCUGUACAGGAAGACUCCCAGGACUUCGGAGAGCAGAGAGGAGCUGGGUGCCAGUCUGGGGCCGGGGGGCCGCAGUAAAGUGAGGAGGGAGAAGGCGUCCCUUGCCUCCCUCAAAAGAGCAAGUGCCGACGUGGAGCUGUUGGCACCCCGUGGUCCCAUGGGCAAGGAAACCAUGGUAACCUUCAGCAACACCUUGCCCCGUGUUGCCAAUGGCAACAGUCCCAUCUCUCCCACAGAGGAGCCAGCAGUCACACAGCGUCACAUGACCUUCCACGUGCCCUUUGACCCCCAGAGGUCUCGGCAGCUGGUGUCGGAGUGGAAGCAGCGCUCGCUGGAGCUGCGUAGCCAGAGCUCCCGGGACGAGGAGGAGGGCAUGGACAAAAUUGACGGGAAUGACGGAGGAGAGGAAGGAGGAGCUGGGGGAGGAGAGGGAGAGCAGGGGAUGCCUUCCUCCCUCUAUCCCACGGUGCAAGCUAACAGGGUCACUGCCACACCGACUGGGGCCAGGGUGGUAGUGGCGCCCCCCUUGGUCCACAUCCCUGAGGAGGCCUCUCGGCCACCACCCGUCUCCCCCAAAAGCGCCAAAACCCGUGCCAAGUGGCUGUCGCUCACCGAGUCAGGAGGACCCAAAGAGCCAGGGCCCGGGCCCAUCGCCGUGUCGACUCCUCGUGUCCCCAACACUCUGCCCAGCCAGCCGCCCGGCCAGCCCAGAGUCAUGCAGGUGAUAGCCAUGUCCAAGCAGCAGGGUCAUGGACCAGUCACGUCGUCUUCAAAGACCUCAGAGGCCGGCUCAUCCUGCGGGGGUGGGUCUUCCAACAGCUCUGAGUCACCCUACUACAGGAUCCCCUCUGACCGAGACAGCUGCACCGGGAGCAACCCUGGCAGUGUCACCGGCAGCGUCACCGGAAGCGGGAGCAUCGUCACCAUCGACGCCCACGCCCCUCACCACCCGGUGGUGCGCGUGUCCGCCAGUAACGGGAAGCCGUGGGAGUGGAGGAACACCAUCAGUGGUAACAUGAUGAGCGGCGACGCGGUGGCCGAGAAACACCGGGGAGCGCUGCAGCGGCAGGACAAUGUCAGCCAGUACCGGGAUUACCGAACACUCCCGGUCAAAACGGACUCGCUGUGCUCCUCCUCGGCCAGUGGCGGUGGAAGCGAGUGUGACUCCUCGCAGCUACCUCCUCCGCCGCUCCCUUCCUCCUCACCGCUCCCUCCCCCGCCUCAGCUGUCGUCCUCCCCUCUCCCGCUGCUCCCUCACCCAUCCCCCUCUCACAUGCCUCCCCCUCCUCACCCGAGCUCUUCUCCUAUACCUCCCCCUCCUCACCACGCUUCCUCUCAAAUGCCCCUGCCUCCUCACCCAUCCUCCUCUCAAAUGCCCCUGCCUCCUCACCCAUCUCCCUGUCAGAUGCCCCCACCUCCUCAUCCAUCCUCUUCCCCUUUGCCUCCCCCUCCGCACCCCAGCUCCAUGCCCCUGCCUCCUCACCCGUCCUGCUCCAGUAUGCUCCCGCCUCCUCCCCACCCCGACUUACUGAUGGACAGUCACAACCAGACACUUUCCCGUACCUCCACCCUGCCUCGCCGCCCGUCCGCCCACAGCCACGCUGAGCAGGAGCACUACUACAAGGCCAUGCAGAACGAGAGGAUGUUAUAG